CUCAGUGGCCUUGAAGGGUUCCCCGACCUCAGAAUACCCCGAGCUGGCCAAAGGAGGUGCUGCCAGCCCAGGACAGGGCAGCACAGCAGGUUUUGGGGAUCCCUCGUGCACAAUUCCCGUUUCUCUGCUCUCACCUGCGCUCUCCUGUCCCCACAGCUCUGUCGAAGAUGCACUGGUCACCAGAGCAUGCCCAGUCCCUGAACCAGUGGCCGGAGCAGCACCUGGACGUCUCCUCCACCACCUCCUCGCCGGCCCACAAGCCCGAGCUGUACCCCAGCACCCGCCAGCGCUUCAACUACGCCUGGGCCAACGAUGACAUCUCGGCUCUCACGGCCUCCAACCUCCUCAAGAGGUACGCCGAGAAGUACUCGGGGGUGCUGGACGCGCCCUACGAGCGCCCCACGCUCGCCGGCUACGGGGACGGCGCCUUCGGCCCCGUGAACGGCCAGAAAGGGGACGGGGAGCCCUGGCCGGGGGGCUCUGACGGCUCCUACCCGCUGGCCCCCAUCGCCGAUGGCCUCGCCAAGGGCUCGGUGCCCCCGGCCGUGCCCGCCGGCAGCGGGGCCAUGGGGCUGGGGGGCUCCCCGGUGCUGCCCAACCUCAGCGAGCCGGUGUACGCCGCCGGUAAUUCCUGCGGGGCGGCCGCCGCCGGCUCCGGGCAGCUCGGGGCGGCUCAGGAGUAUCCCUCGGCUUACGGUGGCACCUAUUUGCCCUCGGGCUACUGCACCCAGCCCGCGGCGGCGCUGCCCCCGCCGCAUCCCCCCGCCCUGCACAGCUCGGGGCUCCUGCAGCCGGCGCACCCCUCGCCCGCCCUGGUGCCGGGUUACGGCUCCUCGGGCCCCGUCUACAACUACACCGCGGGCAGCUACGCUCCUCAGCCGGGCUACGGGGGCAUCCACCCUCCGCACCCCUCGGCAGCCUCCUACCUGCCCUCCGGCAUCGCCGCGCCCACCCCCAUCCCGGCCCCGCCGCCCCCCGCCCGCCCGCCGGGGGUCCCUGGCUACGGCUACCAGGGGGCUGCGCUGGGCUCGCUGGCCGUGCCGCCCCUGGGCACCGAGGCGGCGGGCACGCUGAAGAGAAAAGCGUUCGACAUCGGCGGGGAGGAUGAGGGCGAGGGCAGGUACAGGAAAUACAGCUACGAGCAGCCAAAGUCCCCGUACCCCCUGUCGGACAACGGCGAGUGCCGGGGGAACGGCUUCGGCGGCGGCGGCGGCGACUCCCCGCAGGUGCCCUUCAAGGCCGGGAAGCCACCGGCGGCUGGAAGCGCCGAGGAACACGGCGGAAAGUACGGCGGGCAGCAGAUGAAGGGCAUGGCCUCGCCACCCUACGGCUCCAGGGACGCUGCCCUGCGGCCGGCAGAGCCCUUCGAGAAGUUCAGCCCCCCUCUGGCCAACGGGGAGCGCACGGCCGAGCCGGGACCCCCCUUCCCGCUGCGGCUGCCCCCCAAAGCUCUGGGCUUCGCCCCGCUGGAGGAGCAGCCCAAGAACGUCGACCCGCUGGUGCUGGAGCUGGUGAACACCAAGGUGGUGGAGCGGGGGCCGCCGGUGCAGUGGUCGGACAUCGCCGGGCAGGCGGGCGUCAAGGCGGCCAUCGAGGAGGAGCUGCUGUGGCCCAUCCUGCGGCCCGGCUCCUACAGCGGCGCCAGCCACCCGCUGCGGACCCUGCUGCUCUUCGGGCCCCGCGGCACCGGCAAGUCGCUGCUGGGCCGCUGCGUCUCCACCCAGCUGGGUUCCACCCUGCUGCGCCUCAGCGGCGCCGCGCUGCUCUCCACCUGGAAGGCCGAAGCCGAGAAGAUCCUCCAGACCGUGUUCUUGGUGGCCAGCUGCCGCCAGCCCUCCGUGGUGCUCAUCACCGAGGCCGACUCCUUGCUGGCGGCACGACCGGGCGAGGACGGCGGCCAGGCCGGCGUCCUCAAGUCCCAGCUCCUCUCCUACCUGGACGACGUGGCUACCUCAUCCGAGCAGAACGUGGUGGUCAUCGGCACCACGGCGCGGCCCGGCAGCAUCGACGAGGCGUCGCACCGGCGCUUCGGCACGCGGCUCUACAUCCCGCCGCCGGACGGCGAGGCGCGGCGCCAGAUCCUCCGCCAAGCCCUGGCCAGGCAGAGCUGCUGCCUGAGCGAGCGCGAGCUGGCGGCUCUGGCCCAGCGCACCGAGAGCUUCUCCUGCGCCGAGCUGCUGCGGCUGUGCCAGCACGCCGGGGCCGCGCGCCGCGCCCUGCCGGGACCCCCGACCUCCUACCAGGACCUGGAGAAAGCUUUGUGCAAGGUGCGCCCGGGCGUGUCCCAAAAGGAGCUGGACUUGUUCCUGGACUGGGAUAAGAUGUUCGGCACCCGGCACUGAGGGGUCGGGGACACCCGGCGGGGUUGGGGACACCGGUGACGCCGGCCCAGCCUCACCUUUCCUAUUUCGGACUCAUCCAGGGAUUUUUUCCAGGCUGGUUUUUUUGCUCUUUUUGGGGAGCCUCGCCCACGACUCAGGAUAACCUAUUUAUUAUUUUCCCGACCCUCCGUCCCUGGAUCGGCGAUGCCGGCGGGGCCGGAGGCGCCCCGGGAGAUUUUCCGGCAUCGGGAUCCGCUCCGGCGUCGGAUUCAGGAGCUUCCCCCCAUCCACCCCAAAGCUUUAGUGUUGGUUUUUAAUUUUGGGUGGGUUUUGUUUUGGUUUUUAAUUGCUUUUUUUUUUUAAUUAUUCCCAACAAAAAUACCUCGGGUGUCUUUGGAGCCCCUUCUCACCUGAUCAGGGAAAGGGGAGAUGCCCAAAACCAGGGAUUUUCAGCCCAAAA